CCCCUCAGCUUCGCCCGAUGGGCAGAAAUUUUCCAAAUAUCUCCACCCCUAGGCUGAAAAGCCAAAAAGAAGUUUUGAGCCAAGGAGGGGAAGAAAGGAGUUGGGGCAAAGCAGGAGGCGUUUCCCCACCCGCAUACAUCCCCGUCCCCGAGACACCCAAUCCCCCCACCCCCAGCCUGCCCACGCCUCCCGCCCCCGGCUCCUCGCCCUGGGGACAGCUGGCAGCCCCGCGCGGACCAGACACAAAGCCGAUCAAUCCCAGAGGCGUGGGGGCGGAGGGACGACCCGCCGGGGCUUUCCCGGGCGCUGCUCUCCUCCUGCUGCCCCCUUGUUAGGACCCGGCGGACGCCUCGCCUGGUUUUCACGCCCUCUAGCCCCCACCCUCACCCCCCGCAAAAAAGAACAGACCCCCAUCCCUGGGCUGGAGGACCCGCCUCUUGGCAGCCAGCUGAGAAGGCGCCCCGGGGAGGGGGAAAUUGACAUCCCAUCUAGAGCCGUCCCUCCUCUUCCUCCCCUCCCGACUCUACUCCUCUCCCGCCCUAGAAGUUCAAGGGCUCCCGGCCUCCUGCGCUCCUGCCGCCGGGACCCUCGACCUCCUCGGAGCAGCCGGCUGCCACCCCGGGAAGAUGGCGAGGAGGAGCCGCCACCGCCUCCUCUUGCUGCUGCUGCGCUACCUGGUGGUCGCCCUGGGCUAUCAUAAGGCCUAUGGAUUUUCUGCCCCAAAAGACCAGCAAGUGGUCACAGCAGUAGAGUACCAAGAGGCUAUUUUAGCCUGUAAAACCCCAAAGAAGACUGUUUCCUCCAGAUUAGAGUGGAAGAAACUGGGUCGGAGUGUCUCCUUUGUCUACUAUCAACAGACUCUUCAAGGUGAUUUUAAAAAUCGAGCUGAGAUGAUAGAUUUCAAUAUCCGGAUCAAAAAUGUGACAAGAAGUGAUGCGGGGAAAUAUCGUUGUGAAGUUAGUGCCCCAUCUGAGCAAGGCCAAAACCUGGAAGAGGACACAGUCACUCUGGAAGUAUUAGUGGCUCCAGCAGUUCCAUCAUGUGAAGUACCCUCUUCUGCUCUGAGUGGAACUGUGGUAGAGCUACGAUGUCAAGACAAAGAAGGGAAUCCAGCUCCUGAAUACACAUGGUUUAAGGAUGGCAUCCGUUUGCUAGAAAAUCCCAGACUUGGCUCCCAAAGCACCAACAGCUCAUACACAAUGAACACAAAAACUGGAACUCUGCAAUUUAAUACUGUUUCCAAACUGGAUACUGGAGAAUAUUCCUGUGAAGCCCGCAAUUCUGUUGGAUAUCGCAGGUGUCCUGGGAAACGAAUGCAAGUAGAUGAUCUCAACAUAAGUGGCAUCAUAGCAGCCGUAGUAGUUGUGGCCUUAGUGAUCUCCGUUUGUGGCCUUGGUGUGUGCUAUGCUCAGAGGAAAGGCUACUUUUCAAAAGAAACCUCCUUCCAGAAGAGUAAUUCUUCAUCUAAAGCCACGACAAUGAGUGAAAAUGAUUUCAAGCACACAAAAUCCUUUAUAAUUUAAAGACUCCACUUUUGAGAUACACCAAAACCACCGUUGUUACACAAAUUAUUAAACUAUUAUAAAACUCUGCUUUGUCUGACAUUUGCAAAGAGGUACAUGAGGAAAUGAAAGUGGUAUUUCAUUUUAAUUUUUAUGACUACUAACUCACCUGAACUUGUUAUUUUAAACAAAUAGUUCUGUCCACACCUAAAAUACAGUCUGGCUUCUUGUGUCUGGACUAAGUUAAAAGAAUCAAAAUACUUUGUAAUAUUCUGGGCUUUGGCAACUGUUAACCAUAUCCUAACUUCUAGAGAACGUUACUAAAAUGUAACAUACUGAUUGUGAAGUUAAUCCACAGAUCAUGAAAAUAUAAAUCAGACUCUGAGCGAGAGUCCGAUUUAGGGCGUCCAACAAAUACUCUGACAGAUGCAAAAGGAACCUCUGGUCUCAUUUCUGCCAGACUCCUCUUUUCUCCCCUCAUAUCAUCUUAUUCCGAUGCUCGUUCAUCACUAACAUAUCCACAGAAAGGAGGAAGCGGGAUGGGUCUUAGGCCUGAGGAUUUGCACUUAGUGUUUACUUCCAUUCCUGAGAACUAAAAGCAACAUCAAAAGAAAUACCUAAUGGCUGGAGCCCACAGGUGUGCACCACAGGAUUCGCCUGGUGUGUGUCACUGAUUUCUUCAUUAAAUGUAAUUUUGACGGUCAAACACAAACCAAAGUGGCUUAUUUCACCCCUACUGCUGCUUGCCACUGCUUCCUUCUCGUAAGAUUUCUUUGAAGAGGAUCAGUGACCUUGGCAUCAGAACUCACCACUGGAGGCUACACAAGUUUGCAGAUACCUUUCCCUGCAGGAGUGGUGACUUCACAUCCUUCUGUCUCUAAAAAUUGUGCAGUGACAUUCCGGGUCAAGUUCCUUGGUCAGGGGUUGCCAAUUCUGCUUUUGGAAAAGGAGGGAUGUGGAGGGAAGAAGUAAUUGUCUACAAGGAAGAUGAGAUGAGAAAGCUCACUGACUCCCUGCAUCUGGUACCCCUCUUGAUACAUAGUGGGCAUAUGGAGAAAUGGCUCAAAUGAAAAGUGGGUCUAAUGUGGGUUUCUCAACUGAUGAACCACAAAAGCCUCCAGCUACUAUUACAAUGUGAAAAUUCCAAUGAUCCAUUUACCAGAGCAGUUAGACUAUGUUAAAAAUGCAUAUCAUCUGUAACUUCUUUUAAUUACCGAAUUGAUAUUAAAAACAAAACAUGGCUAAGGCAUGUCCUGUUCUGGGCAAAUCGGGAUGAAAAGGUCACUUGCUACCUUUGACAACUAUGAACAUGGUUAAUCUUCUUUCUUUUUUUUUUGAGACAGUCUCACUCUGUUGCCCAGGCAGGAGUGCAGUGGCACAAUCUUGGCUCACUGCAACAUCUGCCUCCCCUCCGCCUGCCAGGUUCAAGCAAUUCUCCUGCCUCAGCCUCCCAAGUAGCUGAGAUUACAGGCAUGUACCACCACACCUGGCUAAUUUUUGUAAUUUUAGUAGAGACGGGUUUCACCAUGUUGGCCAGGCUGGUCUCGAACUUCUGACCUCAAAUGAUCCACCCGCCUCAGCCUCCCGAAGUGCUGGGAUUACAACCAUGAGCCACCGCACUCGGCAGGUUAAUCUUCUUUCAAAAGAAUCUUAUCUUUCUACCCAAUUGGCAAAGCAAAUCCUCAGGAUUCACUGAGCAAAUGGAUUAAGCACCCACUGAGUGCCUAGCAUGUGCCUGGACACCAGGCCACUGGGAAGAUGCUCCCCCUUUGACUUAGCUGUGACAUUGUAUGUGUCUCACCAGAUCCCUUCCUGGAGGUCGGGCUUCUGUAACAUGGCUCUGCCUCCAAAAUCAAAUUUUCACCACAUGAUCAGGGAUCAGCAAAUAUUUUUUGUAAAGAGCCAGAAAGUAGAUAUUUUAAGUCAUAAGGUCCUUGUUAACAACUACUUGACUCUGCCAUUGUAGCACAAAGGCAGCCACAGCCAAAAUAAGCAAGCAGUCAUGUCUGUGUUCCAAUAAGACUUUAUUUACAAAAACAGCAGGCACAGACAAGAUUUGGCCCACAGGCAUAGAUUCCCAACUCAUGGUGGUGAAGGACAGAAAAAAACACCUGUUUACAAGCUUUUGUAAGAAAUUAGGCUAAAUAUUACCCGUUUUGGUUGGAAGAUUUCUUUGGUUUGAGGAAUGCUUUCCUCUUGCCUUGGCAUGCCAAGAGGAUAGAUGACUCUGAACGACGCCUCUUCAGACAUACCUGUCAUCACACGAGAUCAACUUCUUCAGUUUAAAUGACACAAAUCCACAUUGUGGAGGGAAAAUAUGUAGUGCCUUAGCUUCACUAAUAGUUGUAAAACUUCUUUUGAAGACAUCAAAGGCUAGAGGAUUCAUUUUAUGCAGUGUGAACAUCUAACACUCUCUGUGUCAAAUAUAUAUUGUACAUUACCUUAAACUAUUGUAAUAGCUAGGUAACAAUCCUUGUAUAAAGAAUGUUUUCUCCCACACAAAGGGCACAGUAUUGAGCACUAAUUUCCUAAUUAUUAAAAGUACAUGUAUGUAUCUGUGGGUCACUGGUGUCCAGACUUGUAUUUCCAUUUGUGUUUACUUGAGGAAUUUGAACACUAACAAUUGGUAAAAUCCCAUUGUAAUUCUUACAGCAUUUUGACUUUACUUUCUUGCAGUGAAUUGUGUUGUGUAAAGAUUUGGGCUUUAAAAUCUUUAUUAGCAAGCUUUGUUUUGUUUUCAUUAUUGUUGCUGUUGUAACCAGAUUUAAUUUAUUUUUAGUUGGAGGUUUGACCUAGCUAAAUCUGGACCAAUUGUUUUUCAAUACAACUUUGCAAAGAACGUCCUUCGUCCACAGGUGGCUUUGUUUGAUUAAAGUCUACACUAAUAAAAAUAGCUGAACUUGUUAAA